GUUAGUAGAUAGCUUUGCUCUCUCUCUUUAUUUAAUCUCUUCAAAGUAGAAAAAUAUGCUGACAUGAAUCUCUUAUAGAGAGCCUAUAGAUAACCAUUGCGGGUGCCCUUAUGAAUUGGGUUUCUCUUUUCUUCUCAAGAGUUCCCUUUGGCUUCCCACCCCUCCUUUUCUACUCCCUUCAAGAACAUUGUGCUAUACAUCAUUAACUACACUGAAAUUCUCAGCAUCAUUCCCUUUGCUGAAUGGAGAAGUCCGUAGAAUCUGCUGAUCUGCUCUACAUCAUCAAUUUUUCAAGCUCGGUUUUCAAACAUCUGUACCGCACCGUCCGAAAUUUCACUUUUGGCAGCAAUUGAAUGGCCUUUUGGCAGAUCCUAUCAUACUGCAAAACGAGUAGGGCAGAAACGACUACGGGCCGGGCCUGGCCGCCAUCUCACUAAUGGGCUGAGAUGGAGGCCGUAGGCUUCUGAUGGGCUGGGCCUCAGCUGCCGCCACGUGCGGCAGGCUUCAACCAGGAGGAGGUGGGGGCGAGUCGUCGUCAACGACGACGACGAGGACCACGCAGAUGGACCCGUCGUGCCCGCCGUUCCCGCAGCCGGAGGCGCCACCGCUGCCGCUGCAGCUGCAGCUGCAGCCGGGUCUGCCCAGGCUGGAGCUGCCGACGCUGGACCUGGAGCGCGUCGGCGGCGAGGACCGGGCGGCGCUGGUGGCGGCCUGCCGGGAUCUGGGCGCGUUCCGCGUGGUGAACCACGGCGUCCCCGGCGAGCUCCGGCGGCGGCUGCUGGAGCUGGGGAAGCAGCUGCUGGGUCGCGACACCUUCGAGCUGAAGAAGGCGCGGCCGGGCUACUUCUGGGGCACGGCUGCGCUGAAGUCGCUCCGCGUCAAGGAGGUCAACUGGCUGGAGGGACUCCAUGUCGAUCUCGUCCCCGGCUCGUCGUCGUCGUCGUCGCAGGUCGGCGAUGGCGAUGAUGAUGAUGAUGAUGGCUGGAUGCGGAUCAGGGCGCUGAUGGCGGAGUACGGCGACCACAUGGCGCGCAUCGCCCGCAAGCUGUUCGACGCCCUGGCCGCCGAGCUGGGCCUGGAUCAUCACCAGGCGGCGUCCUACCUCGCCGAGCGCCAGGGCUUCCUCCGCCUGUACCGCUACCCGCCCUGCCCUUCCUCCGCCUCCUGCCUCGGGAUGGAGCCCCACACCGACAGCUCCGUGCUCUCCAUCAUCCUCGGCCAGGACCACGUCGGCGGCCUGCAGGUGAUCCGCGACGGCGCGUGGCGCGACGUCGCCCCCGCGCCCGGCGAGCUCCUCGUCAACCUGGGCGACAUGAUGACGGCCAUCAGCGGCGGCUCGUACCAGAGCGUGCGCCACAGGGUGCUCGCGAGCCGCCCCUCCACGGAGAGGGUGUCGUGCUGCUACUUCGCCUUCCCGCAGGAGGACGCCGUCGUCGAGGCCCCCAGCGGCAUCGGCGGCGGCGUCUACAGGCCCUUCUCCUACAGGGAAUUCCGCGAGCAGGUGCAGGCCGACAUCAAGGCCGUCGGCACCAAGGUCGGCCUCAGCCGCUUCUAUGCGACGGCUACCAGGUAUACCAGGUAGUAACAAGGUAGAAGAUGUGCUGCUGCAUUGUGUAGGAUAUUGUAGUACAAGGUCCAUGGUACCAAUUGGUAUUUGCAAUGAUUUUCUGGCUAAUUGCUUGUCUGAAUAAAAGGAGUAUACAUGGCAUGAUAAUAAAUUUUCUAGCCAACAUUACAUGUAAAGAUAAAAGGGAGAAAUGAUUGAAAUCAAUACUCAAUACUAUAUUUUAAGAUCAUCGCAUCAUUUUACAUUAA